UUCGUUCCUGCUUUCGCUCUUCCUGUUUGAAUCAAGACGUGUUAUUCGAGAUGGAUUUGGAACAACAGUUUGAGAACGAGCCUCUCAACAUGGAUGUGCCGAAGAUUUCAGAUUCUGAACAAUACCAUGAAAAGCCCAAAGAAACACCCAUCUCGCAGAACGCUAAUGGCAAACGAAAAAUAGACGAAGAAAAUACAUAUAAGAAGAAACGCAACGGACGCUUUACUGAAGGCACAAUCCCAGAGGAGCUGACACAUAUUGGCAACAAUGUCUUUGUGGGACCUACCCUUUUCAACGGAAAGAUCAAAGUGCACAUCAGGCAAUACAGCAAGUACGGGAGUUCAUAUUAUCCGACUCGUAACGGUGUGAAUUUAGAGCCUUCGUGUUUGGACACCUUCUCUCAACACAGCCCACAAGAGGUGUUCACAAUGAAUCUGCACCUACCCAAGAAUUUUAGUGCGGAAUAUAAUGGUUACCACAUCACGUUAAAGCAAUUUACAGUAAAAGGAGUGGAGAAAAGCAAUAUUAGACUUACAAUCGCCCAGUGGGAAGAAUUGUCCACAAAUUACAGUCGCAUCAGUACCAUCGUCACUAACCUCGUAUAUCAAUGUAUGGACUUUUGUGAAGCCUACGAAAGUGUAUCCGAGGAACCUAUUAACGAGGAAAAGCUUCCAGAAUCCUUCGACAUUUCUUUGGGAACAGCAUGCCUUCCAAACCAUUCUAAAGACAUCACUAGAACAGCUGAUCCAAGAACACGGAGAUUUGAAGUAUCCUAA